AUGGCUAAAGAAUUUAACUGGUCUUCGACCGUUGAGGGAUGGGUAUUCACUUCGUUUCUAAUCGGAUAUUUGGCAACUCAAAUAAUUGGGGGAGCUUUAGCAGACAAGUUUGGCGGGAAAAUUGUAUUCGGGACAGCCGCCUUUGUCUGGUCAAUGUUUACCGUGUUGACACCUCUUGCCGCCAAACACUCGCUUUUCAGUCUCAUACUCUGUCGUAUUUGUCUAGGCGUUGGUGAAGGAGCUGCUUUUCCGAGCGCCCAUUCCCUCAUAUCUGCUUGGAUUCCCCAACAGGAACAAACCCGAGCGAUAAGUAUGGUUACUGCUAUGGCAUAUAGUGGAUCGAUUAUCGCGUUGCCAACAUCGUCUUUUUUAGGAAGUUCUGUGUUAGGAUGGGAGAGCAUUUUUUACGUGUUUGGUGGUGUGGGGUUGAUUUGGUGUAUGUUUUGGUACGUCUGUGGUGGAAACUCGCCAGAGAGCGAAGGUUUUUCACUCAUUGAAGAGGAAAGCACUAUUGUAGGCUCAUCAGUUGGCGUACUCGCAGAUUAUGCCAUAUAUAAGCUGAACAUGCGAGUAGUCGUCGCGCGCAAAUUGGCUCAAGUUAUAGGAAGUCUGUCUAUCGCCAUAUGUCUACUGUUGGCCACGUUUGUAGUAAGCACGGCAGUUCAAGGGAUACUAGUAAUCACUAUUGGGACGGGACUGUACGGAUUUACCAUGGCUGGAUUAUCUGUAUCAUUGCAUGACAUAGCCCCACUUUAUGCUGGAACAAUAUUCGGUCUUAGCAAUACAAUUGCAACAAUUCCUGCAAUAUUCGGAGUGGUACUGACUGGAUGGAUAUUAGAUGUAGCUGGUCAUCAGUGGGAAAUCGUAUGGGUACUGACGAGUGCGAUCUAUUUUCUUGGAAUUGUAGCUUUCGUUGCUUGGGCAGGUGAUGAAGUUAUUAUCGAAUGA